UUUAUAUCGUUUCCCGGAGCGCUUUUCCACAUUUUCUUCUAACUUCUUCUCCGCUGGCCAUCUAUUUUUAUCGGUGUGUUCUCCGUUUGGAUCUAUGCUCCGCCGCCGCCCGCCUCCGAUUUAGGGGAUCUUGAUACGGAAGGAAGUUUUUUCUGGAAUUGGGCAGCUUGGAAGUGGAAUUUGGCUCUGGAACUCUAGGGCUUUGGUGGAUUUGAGUGGAUUUUCUAAGGUUUCUGCUGCUGCCCUUGUUGUUCAGUUCGAGAAUUAUAUUUAAUUUGGUGGGUUUUGGUAUAUCUGAAAUGCAAGACUGGAACUGGAAUUGGCUACUGGAGUGGUUAGAGUUCUUCAAUUCUAGUAUUAUUUAGCGGGUUUGUUUGUUUUUGGCAUCGAAAUUGGGGAAAUUCGUACUCUGGAAUUAGCUGUCCGUACUAGGGUUUCUACGGGGAAUUUGUGAAAGUUUGAUUGAAUCUUAAGGGUUCUGUAAUUGGGCAUGUGGGUUGCACUUGUUUGGAUCCAUGGAUGUGUGGGCGUGUUGUUUUUGGAUUUCUGGGGGCGCAGCGAGGCGGACUAGGAAAACGUUGGGCUAAAGUUCUUAUGUGUUCCAGGUCCUCAGGAGCUCGGAAUCUGGACUUUAAGUAUUGUUAGGGAGUUACUCUAUUGAUGGAGGCUAGAAUUGGGAGCGAAAGCCAUCCAUUUUAUGGUGUUGGAGCAUCGAACUUGAAUGGGAUGGGAAAGAAGAAUUUUGAAUGGGACUUGAAUGACUGGAAGUGGGAUGGCGAGCUGUUUAUAGCCAGCCCUUUGAAUUCUGUUCCAUCGGACUGCAGGAACAAGCAGCUGUUCCCUGAUUCCGCAAAUGGAAUGCUGUCAAACAGCUCAUCAUCUUGCUCUGAUGAGACUGAUUUUGGGGUUGCCAGUAAAGGGAAAGGCGAAGCAGAGAAGAGGAGGAAGAUUGCAGCAGUGGAAGAAGAUGGGUUGUAUGAUGGAUCUGGAUCUCUUGCUUUGAAGCUCGGGGGGCAUGCUUAUCCUAUCAUGGAGGCUGACCAUGCAAAUUGGGAAGGGAAGAAUGGAAAGAAGAGCAAGUUGCAGGGUGGCAAUUCUAGCCGUCCAACUUGCCAGGUGGAGGGCUGUGGAGCUGACCUCAGCAAUUCAAAGGACUACCAUAGGCGGCACAAAGUCUGUGAGGUGCAUGCAAAGGCCAGCACAGCAGUGGUCGGAAAUGCUAUCCAGCGUUUCUGUCAGCAAUGUAGUAGAUUUCACCUUCUUCAAGAAUUUGAUGAAGGGAAGAGAAGCUGUCGCCGACGUUUGGCAGGCCAUAAUAGACGGAGGAGGAAAACCCAUCCUGAUGUUACUGCCAAUGGGACAUCCAUGAUUGAUGAUCGAGCUAGCAGUUAUAUAUUGAUAAGUCUGCUAAGAAUUCUCUCCAAUUUGCACUCUGAUGGCUCUGGGCAGUCGAAAGAUCAGGACCUCUUGUCUCAUCUUUUGAGGAACCUUUCCAAUCUUGCUGGUUCAUUUGAUGCAAGAAACCUUUCUGGACUCCCGCAUACAUCCCAAGAUCCACAAAAACUUGGAACCACUGCUGGAACAUCGUCAGACGCAGCUAAUAAUUUGGUUCCAAAUGGUGCUCCUGCACUAGAAUCGGCUAGGCCCUUAACUUCAGCUUCCAAAAUAACUUAUACCAAUGGUACUCAGGGUUCUCCUUUGAAGCCAACUAAUCACAUGGGGCCAGUUGCUGCAACUACGAUGGAGAUGCAUUCAAAAAUGAUGGCUUCUCCAGAGUCUAUGGCCAAGAGAGUCAGGUUGAAGGACUUUGAUUUGAACAGCACAUAUAAUGAAGAGUGCAGAGAUGGAUGUGAGAAGUCAGCGAUCCCUGUACAUAUGGGGACUGGUUCUCCUAAUUGUCCAUCAUGGUUGCUGCAGGAUUCACAACGGUCAAGUCCACCACAAACUAGUGGUAAUUCAGAUUCAACAUCAGCUCAUUCACUAUCUAGUUCCAAUGGAGAUGCUCAGUGUCGAACAGAUAGAAUCAUCUUGAAGCUUUUUGGUAAAGAUCCUAAUGAUCUUCCUCUUGUGUUGCGUGCUCAGAUCCUUGACUGGCUAUCCCACAGUCCUACUGACAUUGAGAGCUACAUUAGGCCUGGUUGUAUCAUUCUAACAAUAUAUCUUCGUCUAGCUGAGUCUGCAUGGGAGGAACUUUGUCAUGACUUAAGCUCCAAUCUGAAUAGGCUCUUCCACAACUCCAGUGAUAAUUUCUGGAGAACAGGAUGGAUAUAUGCUAGGGUACAACACCAUGUAGCAUUUAUUUAUAAUGGUCAGGUUGUGCUGGACACACCUUUGCUUCUCAGAUGUCCCAAUAAUUGCAAGAUUUUAUGUGUUACACCUAUUGCUGUUUCUAGUUCUGCAAGGGUUAACUUCACUGUGAAAGGUUUUAACCUAAUUCAGUCGACGUGUAGGUUACUCUGUUCAUUUGAGGGAAAGUAUUUGGUCCAAGAAACAACACAAGCUCUAGUGGAGGGUACUGGCACAGGUGCUCGUCAUGAGGGAUCCCAGCACCUGAGCUUCUCUUGUUCCCUCCCUAAUGCAGCAGGGAGAGGAUUCAUUGAGGUUGAAGACCAUGGCCUUAGCAAUUGCUUCUUACCCUUCAUAGUUGCAGAAGAAGAUGUAUGCUCUGAGAUACGUAUGCUGGAGAAUGCAAUCGAUGUGACCGCAUGUAAGGACCAUGAUCAAGGAAGAACAGAUGCAAAGAAUGCCAGAAUCGAAGCUCUAGAUUUUUUAAAUGAAUUUGGUUGGCUUCUCAGAAGGAACCACCUGAGGUCUAGAUCUGAACAAAUUAAAUAUUGUCCAAAUGUCUUUCACCUGAAACGGUUCAGGCAGCUUAUGGCAUUUGCCAUGGAUCGUGAAUGGUGUGCGGUUGUGAAAAAACUCCUCGACAUCUUAUUUAAUGGAACAGUUGAUGUGGGUGGGCGGUCUCCUGUGGAGCUUGCCUUGUCAGAAAAUCUGCUUCACACAGCUGUUCGCAAGAACUGUAAGGCUAUGGUGGAACUUCUCUUGAGAUAUAUACCAGAUAAAAUGUCAAAGGAGACAAGUUAUGAUAGAUUUUUAUUUAGACCUGACAUUGUUGGCCCCUCCAACAUUACUCCACUUCAUAUUGCAGCAGCCAGUAGUGGUGCUGAUGAUAUAUUGGAUGCACUGACUGAUGAUCCUCAACUGAUUGGAAUCAAAGCAUGGAAGAAUGCACAUGACAGCACCGGUUUCACUCCUGAAGACUAUGCCCAUGCUCGAGGGCAUAAAUCCUACGUAGAAAUGGUGCAGGAGAAAAUUGAUAAGCAACCAGGCAAAGGUCAUGCGGUCGUUGACAUUCCCGGGAAACCACCGGCACCUGAUUCCCAUAAGCUAUCAGAUGGACCGAACUUUGGGAAGCUAUCUGGUUUUGAGAUGAGCAUGAACAAGGUGGGACCAGCACAACAGAUCUAUUGCAAUCGCUGCAGUCAGCAGCUGGUGUACCGGAGUUCUGCAGCUAGGACAUUGUUGUACAGACCGGCAAUGCUCUCUAUGGUGGGCAUUGCAGCAGUUUGUGUGUGUGUUGGUCUGCUACUGAAAGGGCCACCGGAGGUUUUCUAUGUAUUCCCGCAAUUUAGGUGGGAAUUGUUGGGCUAUGGCACAAUGUGAGGGUUGCAAAUAACAGUUUGGUCAUCAUUGCCAUUAUUAGGAUGUAAGUUGGUGAGUGUUUGUGUGGGGAGACUUCUUACACCGUCAGCAACAUUGUAAUAUAUUGUUCUAUCAAAAUCAAAAAAAGUGUCAUCCUAUUUUUUUCAGGAGACUUUUAACUUACUAAACACCAAUUGUUUAAGAACAGUGUGAGAGAGAUUGUACUUUUGGGUCUUGAUUCUUUUGAAUGCGAGCACAUUG